AUGCCAAUCUUCCAAGAUGACCUGGGCGGAGGCCGAGGUACUCCGCCAACAAAGCCUGUAAAGGUUCCGCUCUCGACAACGCCGCCCGAUGAGAACGUGAUAACAAGGAAGGUUUCCGAAGAAAGCAUACGGACCGAGUUGUGUGAAGGGCCUGUUCUGGACAACCCUGAGGACGAGAGGAUUAUUCCUACUCGGGCCUUGGAAUCUAACUUCAAGUUGCCGAUACAUGGAACGUCUGAUAGAGUCGAGCUUAUUGAGAGACUGAAGAGAGGGGAAAGUCCGACUUGGCUGCCAAAUCGAAAUUUGGAAUCUUUACUCCAAGAUUACGACCAAACUCCCCGCAAGCCCUGUUCAAACGAUUCGAAGUCCUCAGCACUACUACCCUCUCCCGAAAUUCCAGAAAGGGCUGCCGCGAUUGAUAUCGAGCGCUCCCAGGCUGGCUUGGAGAUCCAGAGACCAGGAUCGGCCUUACACAGUGGUGAUUUUACGGAAGGGCCGCAGCGGAGUACAGACAGCAAUCAUGGCAUUCUGCAGCAGGAUUCGGAUUUGUACAGAUCAGAACGGCAGCCCUGGCUUGCCACGUCCCCUCCACGAAAUUUCUCCCCUUUUCUGCUCGACCCAAGAUUUCCAACUGCUGAGCAGACGCUAGGAGCACGUUCUCGAGCACCUUCGCUCUCCUCGUCAUACUCCUCAAGCUUUGUACUCAAGCCACCUACCAGCCCCUUGGUUCAGUCGGAAAGCAAUGACGAGCUUGAAUGGCCUUCACGGAGAGAGCCCAUCAAUAUUACUCCAGAUUUUCAAUCGCAUCCCCGACGACACACUCUACAAGCAUCACAUUCGGUUCAUUCGACACCAUCCGUACCAACAUCAUCGACUUUCAAUAGACCUUUACCACAUCUCCGACGAGAUAAUACAUAUCCUUACCAAGCUCACCAACCACGACGGUCGCUCAAUUCCAAUCAAAUGUCACACCCGGAAUCAUCACCUCAAACGCCCGUGUUCUCCCGUUCGAGGAGACCCUCGUUUACCUCGGAUAGCUCACCACUCCUUCAUGCGUCAAUGGUCGGGUCAUACGAAGAGAGCAUUCUCCGAGGGCGUAUGUCAACUACGCCAUCAAAACCUCUAGACUUCUUGGCCCAGAUCGGAGUCCUGGGUCUUGGUAAGUGCAAAUCGAGUUUACGAUGCCCAGCUCACGUGACGAUACCAUUUCCGGCGGUAUUUUACAGCUACGAGACGACAAGCCACGGAAGGGCAGGCAAAUCCGAAGAUGGCCCAAGCCCUUAUGUUGGUCAAAUCGAUCUCGAAAAUAAUUUGCCCAACCCAAACGAAGCUCGAGACAGCAAGCGAAAGCGACUGAGUGCUAAUAUUGGACGAACUCGAAUGGACGAUUUGGACAUGGUCGAUGGUCCAAAUACCAACCAGCUGACAGAACGAGACAUUCGCAGAGCAGAAAAGCAAAAACGAAGAUCAACGUCCCCACGAGCACCUCCGGGCGGCAGUUACAGAAUUCCAGAAAAGGGCCAACUCCAAAUCAUUAUUAAGAAUCCCAACAAGACAGCCGUGAAGCUAUUCCUCGUACCCUAUGAUCUUGCUGGCAUGGAGCCAGGCACAAAAACUUUCAUUCGUCAGCGGAGCUAUUCAGCUGGCCCAAUCAUCGACACAGCCCUGUCUUCCACACCUCAGACUCCUAGUGCGAGCCCCUUCGAUCGACCUACACUACGCUACCUUGUACAUCUGCACAUAUGUUCGCCAUCCCGCGGUCGAUUCUAUCUGUAUAAAAGUAUUAGAGUUGUUUUUGCGAAUCGAGUACCAGACGGAAAGGAAAAAUUACGAAACGAAAUAUCGUUACCUGAACCACGAUUCAGUGUAUAUAAACCUGGCCGGGACUCCAGUCUCGGUCUUGCUCUCAGCAGUGGCGCAGGUGCAAACCUAGCAGCCGAAAAAGCAUAUAGAAGGCGAAGUUCGGGGUUUGCUCUUGGCCCCUCAAAUCGGACGUUCGACGCCAUGGACGGCAUCACUCGGGCUUUGGAGAAAGGAUUCAACGGUGGUCCGGCAUUUGGACAUGGUCGUGACUCAAGUACCACUCCUGUUCAGCCUAUACCGUUCAGCCUCUACCGCAAGCCUGAUCGGAGUGAUGACGAUCCCCUUCGGGAUGACGUUCAGUCUCCAUCAUCAAGCAAGAGCAGUCAGCCACCGACGUCGCACGGUUCUGGGAUGUCAAUAUCCUGGAACAGCAACAGUCCCACCAUUGGUGGUUAUGACAAACUCAAUAAAGGAGAUUUUGGCUACGGAGGCAAUAUAUUUGCCGGUUCCCCUGAUGGAAAACAAGUGGUAGCCGAGGGUCUUUUAGCGAAGAAGUUGAGGGACCUCGGAGUCGGCAUUCCAAGUCAACAAGACAAUGACAUUUAA